AUUAUACACAUAUGUAUGAGAGCAUGUGUGUGUGUGUAUGAGCCACCUGCUGCUGCUACUGCCUGGGUCACUUAGCUAUAACACGAACAACAAAAACUUUAAAGCAAACAUCAUCUCUUCAUACAUCAGCAGUGCUGCUGCUGCUGCUUCAAGCUGCCCCGGUGACAACGGACAACGAAGGGCAGGCUCUGCCCUAGGUUGACGGCGACGACGACGGCAGCGAUACAAACAGAACAAUAGAACCGGCAGCAGCCUCAGCAACAACAACAGCAAAAAUAUGAAUGCCAGCCUCAUAUAUGAGAUACUCAUGUAUUUGAACUCGUUCUAUUUUGGCAUGUACGCCGCCUUCGAGGUGGGCGUGGGCGUGCUAAAGGCAAUCAAUCUGAAUUAUGGCGAAAACGUUCUGUCACGUGAGGCAACGAUUCUGCUCUCGUUGUGCAUCAUCGAAACGCUGCGCAUUGUCUUCGGCCGCAAAAGCAGCCUCAGCGAUCGUGGCUGGCAAGCAACCGCAUCCGUAAUAUUAACACUGCCCAGUCUUGGUAUUGUCACCUAUUUAUGUUGUUUUCAAACUUAUGUUCUUAAACUCGAAAUUAUUCUGAGUGCCUUAAUGAUCACCCUACAAGGUGCUGAACUAGUCUACGCCAGCAUAUUCAUUUGUACAAUGUGUCGACCCGUUACAUACACCUAGCAGUUGGUCAACGUUGCCACGUCGAUGUCCAUGGCCAAGCCAACGGCAGCAUUGCUUGAACCGCGAAUGCGACUGGCAGUUGCUGCUGGGGAUGGAGCAAUACGACGACGACAACGCAUCAUUUGGUAUAAUUACGUCAGGCAGUUUACAUUUAAGUUGAGCGAUUUUGAUGUAGGCUAAGCCGCCAAACUACACGCACACACACAGUCACAAUACACACACACACACAUAGCCAACGACUUUAAGGAACUACAACACUUAUCGAAGAGGUCUAUGUGGAAGACAAGAUAUUAUAGAAGAACAACCGCAAAUACGCUGGCGUAUUCCUUCAGUCAGUCCUCGCAGCACAAAAUACCGAAAGGCAACAAAAAUCACUUGGAUCCAUGGAGGAGCUGAGCAAACGAUUUACUA